GCGGCGGGCGGGCCCGGCGGCCCGGGCAGCACCGCGGGGGCCCUGCCGCCCGCCCCCGCAGCCCCGGAGCCGGCCCGCGGGCGGCUGUCAGCGGGGAAGGAGCCGCGGGCCCCGCUGGAGGAGGGUCGGGGGCGCCGGGGCCGGGACAGCGGCUCCGGGAGCCGGGGCCUGCGGGAGGGCAGCGCCGCUCGGGCCGCGCCGGAGUUGUGCGUGGGCUCAGAGCUGCUGGAGUCCCGCUGGAAUGUGCGAGCAGCCAGAAGGGUUUGUUGGGGAGAAAUCGUUCCUGUGAGGGUGGCGACGCCCUGGCACUGGGAAGCUGGGGCUGCCCCCGAGGGCAGGGGCACGGGGCCUGGAGCGGGCUGGGACACUGCAAGGUGUCCCUGCCGUGGCAGGGCUGGGGUGAGAUGAGCUUUAAGGUCCCUUCCCACCUAAACCAUUCUGGGAUUCCAAGCAGCUCUCUCUGGGACCAGGGACAGGCUGGAGUUUUGUCAGGGCAGGUUUAGGCUGGCUGUCAGGGAAAGGUUCUGCCCCAGAGGGUGCUGGCACUGCCCAGGCUCCCCAGAGAAUGGGCACAGCCCCAAGGCUGCCAGAGCUCCAGGAGAGUUUGGACAACACUCCCAGGGAUGCACAGGGUGGGAUUGUUGGGGUGUCUGUGCACAGCCAGGGGUUGCACUCAGUGGUCCUUGUGGGUCCCUUCCAGCUCAGGAUAUUCUGUGAAGUUGCCCAGUCACAGUAAAUGUCAGCCCAAAAGCUGAGAGUUUUCAGUGCAGCUUGCAGGCUGACAUCAUCUGCUGGGUGGUUUGUCUCUGCUUCUUACCUGGUGGGUCAGGAGUCCCACCCACUGCUGGGGCUGCCUCCAGGCUGGAAGGCAUUUGCUGAGAUAAGAGUGAGCCAUGGCAUUACCAAAGCAGUGUCUCAGUGCCCUGUGCUGACUCAGCUCAGCUGCUGCUAAACGUGGCUGGAGGUGAUGGACUUCCAGAGCAGAGACAAAUCAGCAUGUCACUGCCCUGGGGCUGAGCUGCAGCACCUCUGAGAGAUCCCUUACUCAGAGGGGCAGAAACCAGCCUCUGACAGGGUAGUUUGAACCAAAAGAGAGAUUCCCUCUGCCCAGCCUCUGGGUGGAUCAUAACAUGCCUUGGCACUGGGGUGAGCAGAGUUCUGUGGGUUAUAAAGAGCAGAUGGAUUUUCCCUGCCUCUGGAGCAGGAGCUCACAGAUAAUUUGCUGGGCUCUCUGGGGAGCAGCUGCCUUCUCACCACAGCAGUUAAGGUCUGAUGAUUUUUUUCCCCUUCUCUUUCUGUAUAUCCCAAGCUCAGCCUCCCUGUUGCCUCCCUGGGUGCUCGUGGCCUUGGCAGGGGUGUUUCACCCUUGCCUUCCUUGAGAGUGUACCCUGAGGCUUACUGCUUUAGGAACAGCUGUUGGGGAAGGUGGUGAGCUAAUCCUGCUGCUAGAUCCUCCAGCAGAACCAAGAAUGACACAGCUUCAUGUUCACAACUGCUCUUGGGAGAACCCAAUUCCCCUCCCUUCAUUUUUUCUUUCUUUUUACUUCCUAAAGGGGAAGGGGGCAACAAGUUUUCUUCUUACUACAUCAGAAGAAAAAAAAAGAAGGCAGCACCCCCAUUUCCUUCCUGCUGCAUGUAACACACAGCACUCCAGCAGAGUCGUGCACCUGCAGCUGGGACAGCCAUGGAGAAGAGUGGGAACAUUCAGCUGGAGAUUCCCAACUUCAGUAACUCUGUGCUGAGCCACCUGAACCAGCUGCGCAUGCAGGGCCGGCUGUGUGACAUCGUGGUCAACGUGCAGGGCCAGGCUUUCCGUGCGCACAAGGUGGUGCUGGCUGCCAGCUCCCCCUACUUCCGGGACCACAUGUCCCUGAACGAGAUGAGCACCGUGUCCAUCUCCGUCAUCAAGAACCCCUCCGUGUUCGAGCAGCUCCUCUCCUUCUGCUACACUGGCAGGAUAUGCCUGCAGCUGGCUGACAUCAUCAGUUACCUGACAGCUGCCAGUUUCCUGCAGAUGCAGCACAUCAUAGACAAAUGCACGCAGAUACUCGAGGGGAUUCACUUCAAAAUCAACGUGGCCGAGGUGGAGGCGGAAUUGAGCCAGACGAGGACGAAGCAUCAGGAGAGACCGCCCGAGUCUCACCGGGCCACGCCAACCCUGAGCCGCUCCCUGAGCCCACGGCACAGCGCCGCCAAGGGGAGCCGCCUGGGCCAGGUUAGCACAGUGCUGGACAUUCGGGAGCUGAGCCCGCCCGAGGAGUCCACCAGCCCCCAGAUAAUCGAGCAGAGUUCCGAUGUGGAAGGCAGGGAGCCCAUCCUGCGCAUCAACAGGGCGGGACAGUGGUACGUGGAGACGGGCAUGGGAGAGCGCGGGGCGCAGAACGACGAGGAAGUGCGCGUGCUGGGAGGAGUGCGCAUUAAGACGGAGAACCUGGAGGAGUGGCUGGGGACAGAGCACCAGCCCUCGGGAGAAGACGGGAGCAGCGCCGAGGAGGUCACGGCCAUGGUGAUCGACACCACGGGCCACGGAUCGCUGGGCCAGGAGGCCUUUGCCUUGGGCUCCUCUGGAGCCAAAGUGGUCAGGCCCACCAGCAGUGAGAUCGACAGAUUCAGCCCUUCUGGCAGCAUGGUUGCUGUGAGCGAGCGGUACAGAUCGAAAAGCGAGUCUCCCGGGCGGAUGGACGAGCCUAAGCAGCCCAGCUCCCAGGGGGAGGAAUCGGCCAUGCUUGGAGUGAGCGGUUACGUGGAGUAUCUGCGGGAGCAGGAGGUGUCAGAGCGCUGGUUCCGCUACAACCCACGGCUCACGUGCAUUUACUGCGCCAAAUCCUUCAACCAGAAGGGCAGCCUGGACCGGCACAUGCGGCUCCACAUGGGCAUCACCCCCUUCGUGUGCCGCAUGUGCGGGAAGAAGUACACCCGCAAGGAUCAGCUGGAAUAUCACAUCCGCAAGCACACGGGCAACAAGCCCUUCCACUGCCACGUGUGCGGCAAAAGCUUCCCUUUCCAGGCCAUCCUCAACCAGCACUUUCGCAAGAACCACCCCGGCUGUCUGCCCCUGGAGGGGCCCCACAGCAUCUCCCCCGAGACCACCGUGACGUCCCGGGGGCAGGCAGAGGAGGAAUCUCCUCCCCAGGAGGAGGCUGUGGCGGUGGGGGAGACGGCCCAGGGAUCUGUGUCCACAACCGGGCCGGAUUGACUGCGGCUGCGGAGCCCCAGGAGAAAGGACCGUCUUCCCAUUCCUGGCUCUAAAGAGUCAGCACCCACCCGGCAGGCUGGUACUGUAAUUAGUGCAAUGCCACCACUGAACAGAAAGAAGCUCCCAAGAUGUUGCCAAAAUAGAAAAAAAUCUCUCUCUUUCUCUCUCUUCCUCUCACACACCCACACACACACCCAUAGAGUGUUAAAUGUUUUUCUCCCUUAUUCCUCCUCCUCUUGGAGAAAAACAGAACAACUGUGUCAAUCAACUUCUUAUUCAGGGAUCGACAGGAUUUUAAAUUUUUUUACUGUUCUGUAGUGAUCUGGGACAAGCAGUCAUUUGUAUUUCUGGACAGCGCUGUGGCCCAGCAGGGCGUCCCGCCGGCGGUGCCGGGUUCAGCCACAGAGCCAUAUCCACUGCUCCCGCUCGAGGGGAGAGCAGGGGCAAGGGGCCGUUGCCUUUCUCCCUUCCCCAGGUAGCUGCCACAGCAAAGAAAACAAAAAUACUCUCCUGGUGGAACCUGCCUUGCCCGAGUGUAUUUAUCCCUGUCUGAUUUUGGUGUGUCUCCUUACGUUUUUAUUUAAACUGUUGUUUUAGGGCUUUGGGCUUGCUCGUUCCAGGCAUGCAGCCCUGGUGCCCCUUGUUAAAGUGGGCACAGCUACAAAGUGGUAUUCCAGAGGUCAGCAAAAUGUGAAGGAAGUACUUCAGCUACUGAGAGUGGAAUUUAGCAGCUGUGAGGUUUGCAUGAGACUCUGAUGCAUUGGGAGAAGGGCUGGAGGGAUCUUCCAGAGGAGGUUGUCCUCUGCUGGUGCUGAUCUGGAGAGCUCAGAGCACUCUGAGGUCCUGGCUGGAGCGCUGCCAUGCUUCAGGUAGUGCCAAGGAUUAGGAAGAGAUUUUCUGGAGUUGCUGAAUUGCAGAGUUAGAGGCUGGCUACCAAAGUCCUCUUUCACCCCUGCUCCCCCCUCGACACACACUUGAUCUUUUAGAACAGCAAUACGGGAUAUGGGAAUACUGCAAUGCUGUUGUCACAGCCGAGCAAUCGCAGGUGGUUGCUUUUAAACCUGUUUCUACAAACUAGUUUGAUAACUUUUUUAUCAAUGAAACGCAAAAAGAAAAGAGAACCCUACUCUAUUUCCUUAUAACAGUUCAGGAGACUUAAAAGUGAAUGGUUCCUAGAGCAAUCACAACUCUGUCCCCUUGCAUGGACUUAACAUUUUUGUAUUCUGAGUAGCUCUGAUGUUUAGAGCAAGUUUAGCAAACCUGGAGAGACAUGCCUGCGUGUGUAUUGUAGGUGUUUGCACGAGCUUACGUGGUUCAUAACCAGAGAAGCAUGGGACAGGCAGAUAAGUGCAAAUAUCCUGACAUCUUUUUCUAAAAAAAUAUGCAAUAUUUUAAGAGUUUUCUCUAGUUCUGAUGCCAAGUUGUUCAUGAUGAAGGGGGGGAAUGGACGACAGGUUGUGCAUAUCAGGUUUGGUGAAGGAGUUCUCUUGAGGAUGUAUAAUGUGUAUAUGAUGAGGAAGGGUGAAGUUCUGAACUCUAAGGUGAUGGGAGGAACAAGGAGACAUUGAAAAAGAAAUAAACUUCAUCUUGCUUCAGCAAGAAAGCUGGAUGAGAGGUGAGAGUGGGGCCUUAACAGGCAGGAGACUGACCAAGUGACAAUAAACUUGGCCUUCUGUCUGACUGCAGUCUUGGGCACAUGGAAACAUCUCCAGCCCUUGCUUUCCCCAUCUGCAAAUUGGUACUUGGGAUCAUUUUCCUGCCCCUUUGGAGGGAAUAAUUUGGAGAAGGGUGAUGUAUUUUUGCCUUGAUACAUAGAUUUUUUAAGUGUGAGGGGUCUCACUGUUCCUCCCAUCUCUCUCUCAAAAAGAGAUGUGGCUCUGAUGUGUUUUUGUGUGUGGGAAAGGGCUCGGUGCCAGUAUCACAUGUAACAGGGAUGUGAUCCUACAAGAGGAACCUUUGCAGGUGUUCUGAGCUGGGUACCUGCAAAGUACCAUCUCAUUGACCAUUUCAAACAGGAAAACUGAUAUUUCACCUCCGUUUUCCUUCUGUGCCUUCUUCCUCCUCUCCUGUCAAGGGCAUCCAUCACACAGGGAGUGGUUUGGCCACCCAAACAACCAGCUCCGUCAGGUUUCCUGGCCAAGGUCAAGCAUCACGGUACCAAAACAGUGAGGUUGCCAGAGAGCAGUGGCAGAGGAUGAGGUGAGAGGGUGGCCAAGGUAGGUUUUGUUGCAAUCAAGGUGCAGGGAGGAGUGGAGAUGUGCUGCUUUAGUCAUAGCUUUUGAAGUUACCAAAAAUGAAAAAAAAAAAAAGUUAAAAAUUUUGAAAUCCUAUCCUGUUCACACUAGAGAGCAUAAAAAGUUACUUUUAGUUGCUUAAAAGAUUUUUAAGUGUUUUAAAAUAGAAAUUUUAAAAUAAUACUACCAAACUAUAAAAACAUAAAAUUAUUUAUAUACAUAUAUUAUAUAAAAAUAUAGUGGGAAAGUUUCCCUGCUAAGCUUGCUGUGAAGAGAAGGGUGAAGGUGCAGUAACUGCUACACAAGCAACAUUUCUCUGAGACAGAUGGCAACCGUAGUGAAGAAGGGCUGACAUAAAAUGGUGAAUGCCUUUGUUCCCAUGGCAUAGCUGUGAGUUUCUUGAGCAGGUUUUUAUUUUACUGUAUCAAUACUGUGAACGGAGAAGCAUCCAAACAGUGCAGGAUGCCAACAGCGUGUCCUGUUUGCUGAUUCACUACUUCAAGUGGCCUGGUGAAAACCAUGAAAUUAGUCCUUCAUACCUUACUAGGCUGAAAACAAAGCUUGUGAAAGGUUUUUAUUUUUUCCUCCUUUAUGUUUGCUUUUCUUUUUGUUUUUGGGGGUUUUUUUUGUUUGUUUUUUUUUGUGCAGAGGUUGCCACUGUAUAAAUGAUCAUUUCUGAUUGCAUGCAAAAGAGCCAAUAUUCUUGCCCAGGCCUCGCUGAGGUGAAGUUUAUAGCUUGUAGCUAGAGUCAGUAUAAGGUAUGGUAGUGGGAAUCAUUUUGAUAUUAUUUCUGUACAUUUAAUGGAUGUGUAUGUAUGUGUGGGAAUCAUGAUGUCUAAUAUUUCUUGAACAGUGCUGAAACCAGUUCAGGCCCAUCCGCACUAGACAGUGGAACCAGUGCUGAAGGAAGCGUUAUUGAACAUUUCUUUCAAGGGUCGACUUCCUGAGUGCAGAUGAGACCAAGGUUCAAGAAAAAAGGGGUUGGAGGUCCUGUACGGUAUGGAGAAACCUCAUGUGUAUUUUCUGACAGUGGUGUAGCUACUUAGAGGUGCUUUCCCUAACAGAAUGAUACUGUGUCCUGUUGCUUCUGCGUUGGUGUGGCUCUUUACGCUUGCACCAAAGCUGUGGAGAAUCAGAUGCCAACUUUCCAAGUGUGAAUGCUUCUGUGAUGGGUUGAGGCACAGCUUUGCAUUCCCACAUCUAGCUGCAUCUUGUUCUGCCAAAACUGUGAUUUCAACUGUGAUUUAAGGAGGAUGUGAAGAGAACUCUUGUUUUAAUACCUCUGUACGUAAAAUUUUUGUCUGCUUUAGAGUUAGGGCUUACUAACCUAUUUGAUUUCUUGCCUCAGGCAACAAGGAGAACACACUCUGGUUUUACAGUUUGCUUUCUUGGAGGUGGACAUAUUUCUUAGUUCUUUGCUGUCAAAGAACUCACCUCCCAAAUGUGAAGAGUUGUGGUUAUCUCCUUAAGCCUGCAGCAAGCCCUGGUGCCAAGUGUCAGCCAAGUGACAUGAUGGUUGCCACGGCUGUUCCCUGCUGCUGCCAGGUUACCUGUGAAUAGCUGUGAAAAUAGCAAGAAUUGUGUUAAUACUGUGUUGCUGCUUUGGAGAAAAGCUAAACCUCUUUGUCUCAGGAGGAUGACUGAUGUGAUGCUGGGAAAAGGAGAAGGCCAAAAUGCAGUGAGAGGAUGUGAGAACAAAUUGUGCUUUGUAUUUCCAGCAGCUAGAGAGGGAUGAAUGAGAGGCUUUGUGGAAUGUGAAUUUGUUGCAGGAGGCUGAGGACAUGCUUAGAGCUAACUUAGUAAGAUGCAGGAUAGCCUGGUGAGAGCCAGAGCAGCCAGUGCAAAUGGGCAGUCCCUCCUCAUCCUCUCAGCAUUAUCCACCAUCAGGUUCAGUCCUUGGACUUUCCUACAUCUUCUCUACAAUAUCCUCAAGCUGUGACCUGUAUAGUUUAGUUUGGGUGCUGGGAAGAACAGAAAGCAUGUUGUAUCUCUGCUGCUGUUUUAAACCCAGAGAGGUCGGCAGCGACUGACCCCGUUCCCAUCUGACAGCUACACAGAGCUGGAAUAGCACUGGGAACAAGCUGAAAGGCAUCAUGGGGCUGGCUCAGCACACAGGGCACAGAGCCAGGAUUUCAGCCCUCUGUGAGCUCAAGGUUGAAGUACAUGGACAGGACAGCUCUCCCUGCUUGUCCUGCUCUCAUUUUGUGACAGCUCUGUGGCUGCGUUUCCGUCCCACACCUCUGCAGCAGGAAUGUCACUUAACUGUGGGAUGCCCACUUCAGGAAGUGAUUCCAAGCAGUUUGCUUUUGGAGUAGAGUCCCUGCCACUUUUGGGUGAUGCAGCCCUAACAAGGCCUUUGCAAGAGCAGAGUUGUCAGCUUUUAUUUGCUGCUGACUUCAUCUCUCCUGCAGAAUCCAACAUAUAAAUAGGAAGACAGCUGCAAAGGUGCAGCUGGUUAAACUGAUUUGGGUGGAAGGUGGUGUGGGAGGUAGAUAGGAUCAUGCUUCUUGAAAACUAACAAAAAACAGCCCUUAAAAUUAUUUAAAUUUUAGAAAACUCUCCUCUUUGAUCCAUGAUAUGCCUGCCAGUUUAGCUGUGUCAGCAUCCAAAUGUUUCUGCAGAAUAGUGACAUGAAAUGCUGUUCAGGCUGUCCUGGAAAUAUUUUGGAGAUGGGAAAAGUCCCUGCCCAUGGCAAGACAGUUGGACUAGAUGGCCUCUAAAGGUCCCUUCCAACCCAUGCUGUUCUAUAAGUCAAGAAGCUAUAAUUCAAGGAGACUUUUUGCCAGGGUCUGGGCUCUGAGUUUUCCCUAGGAGCUGAGUCUGUGGCCAGGACUGCCUGGGAUCCACUGCCACAGCAAAAUAAUAGUGGUGAGCAUUGCUCCUGUCACAAGGUGAGAGCCAUGCACAGAGUUUUGAUAUCUGCAGUUAAAGGGCCUAAAGAGGAGCUCAGAAUCCUUAUUUCAAUCACUGUCAUUCAAAGGAUAUUUUAAAAUAAAAUACAUAUGUACCUGUGUAUGUAUAUGUGUAUAUAUAUUUAUAUAUAUAUAUUUGUAACCAAAUAGAAGUUAGAACUAUGCAAACAAUACUGGCUGCUUCUUGAAACUACCAGAACAUUUUGGAAUAGAGUAGAUUUGGAGUAGACUUGCUGUGGAGGUUUUUUAUUUGUUUUUGUUCUGUUUUAUAAUCAGUAAAAUGCAGCAGACCAAAGUUUUGCUGCAGUUAAUCUUACUAGAAAUGUAGGUUAUUCUUAACCUGAAACCCACUCAAGUGGGUUAUAAAAUUAUCUGAAGAGUCCUACCAUCUCUAAAAUAUUUCCAUCUGCUGAAAGGCUUUGGCUUGGCAAACAUAGAAAAACACAGAGGCUGUGAACUAGGAGAGAUUGAGUGUGAUGUUUGGGCUGAUGGAAUCAAGAAAGGACUGGGAGCAUUUACUUUUGGAUGUAGGAUUGAGUUGGUUUCAAGGAAUCUUCCUCCUUGGGAAAAUAUCCAUUGCUGAGAUGGAGGCAGUGAUCAGAGCAUCCCUGGGGUGAAUUCUGCUUUUGAUGGAGGUAUUAGAAAGCUUCCUGCUGAAUCUGAUGGUACAAGAGUUUAGGCUGCUGGGAGAAAUUCCACAUGAUGUCUGCCAUUUCUUUGUGUCUGAUCUUUGCUUUUAGGAUUAACUGCAAUGUAUCUGUAACUUUCAGUGAGCUUUGGCUUUUUAUUCCUGGAACUGUAGACAAUUCAGGUUUCCCAUAACAUUAUCCUCAUCCCAACUGUGAACAAGUUACUACUGCUUCUUAUAAUUUAUUGUCUUUCUGUUCCUGAAUGUCUGUGUGAUCCAGCUGGUCACCAGCACCACCUUCCAGUGCUUCAUUAGCUUUUAUGCACAGGGAAUUGUUGCAAUGGAUAAGUUGACCAUGCUAGUUGGAAGAGUAGAAGCUUUUGGAGAAUGACUUUUGCUUCCUCUAGCUGUCAUUAGGGAGUGCACACACACAUACCUGUAUAUACAUAUAUAGAAACAAAUAUAAUGUGUUUCAAUAUAAACUCAUUUAGCAUUAUUCUUAUUUAAUUUAUAUUUUAAUCUAGUUGUAAACCAAAGUAUUACAGCUUGUGAAAUUAUGUCUCUCGGAAAUAGGAGGAACCUUUCUUAGGUGGGAAUUCUGAAAGGUCUUUGGUGACAAAAACAUGGAUAGGAGUAAGACUUCAGAACUUGUGCUGCUGGUGAGUUGCAGCCUUGAAAGGAUUUGAAACUUGCUGAGUAAAGUUGGAUGGUAGGACCUUCUGAAGGUGUUCUUCAUGAUCCUUAACAGUUUUGUUGUAAAACAAGGACGUUCUGGCAAAGCCAGAAAUAAAAGGGGAGAAAACAAAAAAUCAGACUGUGACCUGGCACAGCCGGGAGCUGGGGAGGAAACCACAAAACCAGCCACUGAUGUAUUUAGUGUCUAAUUUAAAGUUUUAGGAAAUGAGCCAUUGCUAUUUAGUGGUGUCUAGAAGUGGUUGGGGGUUUGUUAAUAACUUCUGUGAAGGCACGUGUUCUGCUGUCACCAAUGGGAAGAGAUACUGAGUUCCAAGAUAAGAUCUUGCUGGUUUUUCUGUGCCAGGGAGUAAUUACCUUUCUGAGGAAUUGGCAAGUGCUAAGAACAAAUUCACCUCUAACAUGUCCCACAGGCUUGGCAGCAGCUCUGCUUCCUCUGAAGAGAGCUGAAAUAAGGAGAGAGCUUAUCUGUUUCCAGCCCUGGCUGGCGCUGGUGGCACUGGAACCACACAGGGGAAUGGGCAGAAAGGUGGAACAGCAGCAAAGCAUCACUGGGAAGAGGCAGUGCAUGUAGCUGGCAUGCCAUGGAUGCUGUGGGCAGGGAAAUGCUGGGCUUAGAACCUGCACAGGGGCAGGAGCAUGCAGGAGAUGCUGCUGCCUUGUGAGACAGCUGUCCAAAGAUGCCUAUUCUGGCACAUGACAGCUGAGCAGCACCAGUGUUUUCCUUGCUGGACUGUGAAUAGUAAGAAGGAAAAGGGAUCGUUCAGUCCCCUGUGGGGGCAAGAUUUGCUGUGAGCAUUUCAAAAAUGCCAUUGGAAGGAACUGAAGGGUGGCAAGUGAAGGGUGGAAAGGGCAGUACUAGACUUCAAAGUGCCAUUUUUUGAGUUUUCUAGCAAGUGUUGAAGACUGAAGUUUGGUUUUGUUUCAGUGCUUUCUCCUUUACCUACAUAAUUUUUCCUAUUUAAACUCCACAGCUCAGGGAAGGGUGCAGAGAAGAUGGAGCCAGACCCUUCCUGGAGGCACACGGUGGAAGGAGGAGCAGCAGUAGGCAGCAGUUUAUACAAGGGAAAAUCAGGUUAGGUAUGAUAAGACAUUAUCUCACCAUGAGUACAGUCAAACAGCAUUGGAUCAGGUUGUCCAGAGAGGCUGGGAAAUCUCCAUCACGGAGAGUGCAGCCUCCAAGUUCCUGUUUCCAUUAGACUGCGCCAAGCUGUAUUUUUGUUAUCUUUUUUUUAGUUUUAUCAUAUAAAAUUGGCAGCUUUACUGGCCUUCCUAGUUUGUAUCAGUUAAGCUUUUGAAACAUGUUCAGGUAUUUUUAAAUACUGCUGUGUAAGUUCCUUGUUUAAUCUGACAUACUCUGAUUUAUUAUUUUACUGCAGUUACCUAAGGCAGUACUUAAAAAAAUCAGUGCAUUAAUUUUUUUGCAGACUUUCAGCUUAGUUUUUGAUAAUGUACCUAACACCCUUCCCCUCAGAUCUAUGGUGAAAUGGCUGCAUUAUUUUUAUACUGCAGUGAGGCUUAUUUAUUUAAACUUUCCAAUUACCUUUGCAGUCAUACCCAAUAUCAUUGGCUAUGAAACUGUGAAACUAAUGAGAAAUGAAAAAUUAAGUUAGAUUGAUUCAUUUACUGCUGGACAAAAAAUACAGAAAGUGGCAGUAUAAAAAGAUAAAAUACAGUUUAAAUUAGUUACUCAAAUCACAGAAUGGUUUGGGUUGGAAGGGACCUUAAAGCUCAUGCUAUUCCAACCCCCCUGCCAUGGGCAGGGAUGUCUUCUGCUAGAAUUCCAAUAGAAGUUACCGAGUCCAGGGCAGGGGGAGGAGUCACAAAACCAGUCUGAGAGAAACAAAUUUUAACUUGAUGAUGCCAAUUGAUUGGUUCCCCAUUUGGUCAAGUUUUAAAAGCUGUUUCUUGAGGUUUCCCUGGCUCAUUCAUCUACAUGUCUUGGGCAUUGGUUUGAUAGGGGGGUUUGUGCCUCCGAGAGUGUUUUCUGAGAGUUUACAUGUCUAAAGAACCUCUCUGAAUUACUGUGAAGCUUUCCUUGAAUCCUUCCUUGCUGUGCAUUGGUAACUGAACACAGCUCUUGCCUGCAAGAGGCCAGUGGGACAAGGGUGGCAGCAGUGGGUGACACUAAUGAGAAGUGGACAGUGCAAUUCUUGGGCUGACAGAUUGGAUUUUGGGAAGGAGCAUGAAGCGCCAGCCCCACUGUGGCUGUCCCCAGCCCCAGGGCAUUCUUUCAGUCCAUGUUUGUUUGCAGGGGCUGUUUACAGAGCAGCCUGGAUCUCCACCAGAGAUGCAGGGUGUAGGUGGCAUGCAGGCACUUUUCUGAUGUGUUAGAAGAUUUCCUAAGCCAGGGUUGUGCUGUUGGGGGAAGCACCCUGGGUGGCAUUGAGAGUAGAAUUUUGUCAUACCCUUUACUUAAAGCUAAUUCCUUGGGCUUCCCCUCUAAGGCACUGGCCUGGGCAGAAAGCUGACACCAGACAGCUUCCAGGGCUGUGCUGGCACAGGGCAAGUGCCAGGAAGGAAUAUUGGGAAGGGAGAGAGGAGUGGUGUUGUUCAAAUCAGCCAUGGUUCUUUUGUGUUGGUGGGUAACAUGGCUGACAUUUAGGACAGGCAAGAGCAAUCCUGAGUGGCAAACCAGACCUUUGUGAAUAAGGUCUUUUAGAGGCUGAAUGAGGAGGAGAAUAACAUGCACCUGUGUGUUCUUGCAGUAACACAUUCCUCACCUCGUGCCCCGCACUUGCAGGGAGAGUUAGCGAAGGAUGAGAAGACUGGAUCAGAUGGUAAUUCAUGAAAUGGAAGCAAGGUAUUCAAAGCACUGCUUUAGUCUGAAAAGGGAAGGGAAUGAAUGCAGUUUUCCCAAGCCUUUAGUGUGUUGAACACUAGCUGAAGCUCCCAUGAGCUGUGUCCCCAUUGUCCCCAGAGCUCCCCUCAUUUCCCUGGUGUCACCCCACCUUUCCUGCACAACACUGUGAAUAUGAUAUCUGUAGCUCUUUUUAAAACUUUGGUUUUUUUCCAUUAAAACUGCUCAGAGCAGGAAAUGCUGUCCUACUGCAGGAGCAGACAAGAUAUGACCCCCAAACAGGGCAUGGAUAGUUGAGUAGUGGGAGAGAGAAUAUUAAGAGUUAACAAGGGAAGUGGCUUUGUAUAGCAAUUUGCUAAUCAAAUUUCAUCUUGUAACAAACUUAACUGACAAUCAAUUUCUAAAAUACAAAAGCCUCUUAGAGGAAAUAGUCAAGUAUAUCUUCACCAGAAAGAUUUAACUGGGAUAACUUAAUAAAGAGCACAGGAUUUUUUUCCUCUUUUUUUUUUCUUUUUUUUUUUUUUUUGAGCAAUCACUCCAGAAAUGGAGUCUCAUUAAGCAGCAGCGUAUUCACAGGACAGUAACUACCUCUCUCUCUUGGAGUGCUGAGGUUACCACACUACACACUCUAGCAGCAAAGCUUUCACUUUAAAGAGAUUUGUUUUCCUUACCUCUGUUUCAGAAAUGCAAGUCUGUUUUGUAAAGUGACUCUAAUGAAAAUGGCAUCUGGCAGGAGCAAUGGGAGUCCCUUGGGGUCCACAGUCCUUCUUGGCCUCCAGUUCCAUACUGUGACCCUAUGCAGGUUGGCCAUGGGGCUGUGACAGUUCAGGGGGACUUUGUCACCUCCUGUGUGCUGCAUGACAGUGAACUGUCCCCUGGGCCGGAGCUGUGAGAUCACAUUCCUGCACUGGGAAAUCAGUUAAUGGUGGCAAAGGUAAAGGAGAAUCCAUCUCCCUCCUGCCUCCAAGGCAGCAGGCAGCAGUUAAAAAAAAAAAAAAAGCAAUAAGAUAAAAUACAAACACUUUUAUACGUUGUUCAUUAGUCAGCAGAUCUGACUCUGCAAAUUUAUAUAUAUAUAUACACAUACAGAGAGCAAAUCUCUCAUGUGAAAAAGGUGCCAUUUUUUUUCUAAACAGUCCCUUUCCAAACUAGAACAGCACUUUAAAUAGGUUCCUCUUUAAAAAAAAAAAUUAAAAAAUAAAAAAAAAAAAAGAAAAAGCAAACCCUUUUCUGCCGCAAUGCACUUUAACUUGUCAGACGAGUACAGCUGUGGCUGGCUGGGGACACAGCUGUACAGGCAGGCAGCUCCUGGGCAGCCACAGCUCGGGGGGAGCAAUGCUGCCACAGCCUGGCCAUGGCAGCUCUACCUCCAGCAGCCCCCCGGGUGUCACGGCCCCGCGCUGCCCGGAGCGGCCCCGCCGGGGCUGCUGGCUGUUAGGAGACUUUGGAAUCUUUCAAGAGAAACCCACCCUUGCCUGUCAAGAAAAUUGAAACCCCGUUUUUUAACAGGUCAGAAGUUGCACCCGGUUACAGCCCAGCUGGCAGCCCAGGGCUGAGCUGAGCUGAGCAGCAAAGCCAGGAGAAAGCUGUCGCUGGGGUUGUGGGCUUUUUCCAUAACAUGAAUAUGGAGCCCUCAUCAGUUCUGUUCGUUUUUUUGUUUUUUUUUCUUUUUUAAUCCAAGUUUGUGUGUCCCACAUUGAUUCUGCUCUGAGCUGGUUUGCAGAGUAACCAUUUGUAACAGAAAUUGUGCUGUCACCUUCAACUAGUGACCUAUAAAUCAAACCUUUUUAGGACAGGUGUCCUAACACUCAAGACUUACUUUUCACAGUUAAGAAAUUUCCUGCUGUACUAAUUAUUCUUUUGGUUUUAUUAUUUUAUUUUAUUUUUGGUUGCAGUCCUUAUUUCAAGAAAAAAAAGUCAGUGUUCAGACUAGUCUGGAGUAGGCUGAAGAGUAAGCCUGCUGUAACUUGUGGAUAUCAGACUGUUCUUCAGUGAUUUUCCAAGCUGUUUCCAAACUGGCCCUCCAUGACUGCUUCUCUUCCUCUUCCAGCAGGCUCUGGCAAACAGAAGCUCCAUGGCCACUGUGUCCAGGGACAGCCAGCACUGCUGGAGGGGGUGGGCAGGGGAACCAGAGUUGGGAAAGGGGGAAAUAAAACCAAGGUAGAGGGGACUGUACAAUUGCAUUGAAAGCAGUUUAGCAAAAAGCGCUCUCGUUGGACAGCUUUAAGAACAAUGUGAAUGAGAACUUAGCAACUUGGGUAAGAAUCUUGGAAAAUUCUAUAAAUGUAUACUUGAAAUUCUGUUUGUAUUAAAAAAAUGCAUUUUCUUCUUUCUUUUAACACUGUGUAAAAGAACAUUAUGCAUGUGAGUGGUUUGAGAAUUAAAUGGUUUAAUACUCA